GCGGCCUCGCUGGGGCCGCUGCGUCACUUCCGGGCGCCGCCUCACUUCCGCCUGCUCUGGCGCGGCCGCCGGCCUGGCCCGCUGCUGCUGGCGCGGGGCCCUGCGGGGAGCGGGAGCGCUCGCAGAUGUGGAGGUCGCGGGGCUAGGGCGCAUCAUGGCGGCUCCCUGGAAGAGCGCGCUGCUCCUACUGCUGGCGUCUCAAGCUGUGUCCUCGGUGAGCUCCUCUGACGAGGAGCAAGUUCCAGAAGAAUGGGUCCUUCUGCACGUCGUUCAGGGUCAGAUAGGAGCUGGGAAUUACAGCUAUUUGAGGUUAAAUCACGAGGGAAAGAUAGUUCUUCAGAUGCAGAGCUUGAAGGGCGACGCAGACCUGUACGUGUCUGACGGCACGCUCCACCCGAGCUUCGACGACUACGAGCUGCAGUCCGUCACCUGCGGCCAGGACGUCGUCUUUAUUCCAGCGCACUUCCAGCGCCCCGUGGGCAUCGGGAUCUACGGACACCCGUCUCACCACGAGAGCGAGUUUGAGAUGAAAGUGUACUACGACCGCACCGUCGAACAGCACCCGUUCGGCGAGGCCGCCUACUCGGACGGCAGUGAUCCGAGUCACAAGCACGCUUACGCUCCGGAAGAUGCGUCUCAGGAAGAGGAGUCCGUGCUCUGGACAAUACUAAUUAGUAUUUUGAAGCUGGUACUUGAAAUUCUGUUUUGAUUUCACUGCACAUACUCUGGAGUGUAAUACCUUAACCUGUGAAGUUGAUUGCGGUUCGCUGUGAACUAGCUGCUCUCCCCUGGUGAUGUGCUGGUGACGUAAAGCCAUGCCAUUGCUACCUCAGUUACCCCAAAGUAGCAAGAGCCGCGGCAUGGUGUCUGUUUUCAUUUAAAGAUCAAAGUUCCUAGAAAAGGAGUAUGAAAAAUAAAAUGUUCAAACUCCACUUUUGAUUAGUUUGCCAGGUGACUAAAAAGAUUAUUGCAGUAAUGUAGGUGUAUAUAAAAGAAAUCAAAAUAAAGCAACCUUUCAUGCAGUUUGCUCACAUUAAAAGGCUAAUAGCUUUAUGAUUUCCUCUAGCGAUUCUAAAUGAAGUUAGACGGUGUAGGCUUUGAAGAGUUAGUAAAACCAAGUCUGAAAUGUAAAGUUUUCUUCAUACUUGCCUGAGCGUGGACGGACGCCCCAGGCCUACACCGCAAGCAGGAACGGUACCUCCUGCCUAAACGGGACUUCCUGGCAGGCAGGUCCAGUUAAGGACGGUUCUAAAAUCACCUGCACCAAUCUCAUCAGGUCAUUUGUAAUGGUAACAUCUUGGGCUACCUAUUUAUUAAAAUUCUUCCGUUAUUAAAUAACUUUGUUAUGCUACCUAUGGUAGCCCAGAAACAAUACAGAUUAGGAAAAUUUCAUAAAAAUAAAAGUAACUUUCAGGCUAAUAGAAGAAUAGUUAAGUAUUUCAAUUAAGCUGUCUAAUAUUUCCACUGAAUUUCUGAGAGGCAAAGUACUAAGAUAUAAAAACCUUUUGGAAGAUGAACUCUUUCUCUACAUGAGAGUAGCUUAUAACAGAAAUAAAUCAACUUGCAGAUUUUAAGCAAAUAGUUAAUUUCAAAAAAAAUCUUUUAUUGGAAUAAAAAUGAGAAUGUUGUAAAUAAAUUGGCACCAAAUAGUUCAUUUAAAUGCGUAUUACAAUAUUGAGGUCAAAAAGUUAUUUUAUCCCUCUUUGCUGUUUUUCCCCCUUCUGCCCACUUUCCUGGGUGUUGGGGGGGCUCGCUGACAACAGUCACAAAUCCAGCGACCUAGGAGAAAAAUUGUUAGUUAAUAUAAAAUGAAAUUUAAUUUUGUAGCACUGAAUUUUAAACCCAUUUAGCUCUCCUUUCUUAGUUAUCACUAAUGAUAGUCCUCUGUGGAUUUGUGGUGGGAAGGGCACUAAUGAGCUCCUUAAAAUCAGGAGAAAAAUGUAAACUUCCCUUCAGAUGAUCAGGGUAAUCAACCCCAUGUGAAAUUGAGUAUAAGUGGUGGAGGGAGACAUGGUGGGAGAAGCAAUGUGAUAAAAGGGACCUUCAAAACAUCACGAUAAUUCUUUCUGAAAUUCAAACACUGUCACACUUAAGUUCAGUACAAAUCCAAAUAUAAAACCUGUUCUUGAGUUUGGUUUAUUUUCAGCCUUUCUCUCCGCUGCUCACAGGCAGCUGUGUAUCUAACAGCAUCCUCGCAGGUUCUGGCGUACUAUGCCGACACAGCACUUUAAAACUUACGAGUAUCUGACAGCACACUGAUAAUCUGCACUACGUACUUGAUCUGAAUUACUACAGAACUUAAGUUGCUUGCUUCUUAACGAUUCCCAGGAAACUUAGUUCCAGGCAUAUACUUUAUAUAAAGUAUUAUACAGUAUUAACUAUGCAAAUAAGUUCUCAAAUUACACAAUUAUGUGUGUAAUGUUUUAGAUUACUGUGAUUUAUUCUUCGAUCCUGUGUUCAUUCUAAAGUUCUCUGGAAUUUGCAAGCUGCCUCGAUUUAUAGAAAUCUGGUUUAAUAUGUAUAAAGGCAUAACAGUCAUUUUGUUAAGUUUCUAAAUAGAUGACAAAAAUAAAAUCAAGGCUUUGAAACAAA